CUCCCAUCCUGUGUAGCUGAUGGGCAUUGGAAUCGGCGCCCUCCUUACGCUGGCCUUCGUUGGUCUCGCCGCCUUUUUCGUGUACAGAAAAGUGAGCAGAUUCCGACGAGCAGAACCCACUCCUCAGUACAGAUUCCGGAAGAGAGACAAAGUUAUGUUUUAUGGCCGGAAGAUCAUGAGGAAGGUGACCACACUCCCCCAUACCUUGGUUGGGAAUACCGCUGCACCCCGGCAGCGAGUAAGGAAGAGGACCAAAGUGCUCUCUUUGGCCAAGAGGAUUCUGCGCUUUAAGAAAGAAUAUCCUACUUUGCAGCCAAAAGAGCCCCCACCCUCCCUGCUCGAGGCUGACCUCACCGAGUUUGAUGUGAAGAACUCUCAUCUGCCGUCUGAAGUUUUGUACAUGUUGAAGAAUGUUCGGGUUCUAGGCCACUUUGAGAAGCCACUAUUCUUGGAACUUUGUAAACACAUGGUCUUUGUGCAACUGCAAGAGGGGGAGCAUGUAUUCCAACCUGGGGAGCCUGACAUCAGCAUCUAUGUGGUUCAGGAUGGACGGCUGGAGGUCUGCAUCCAAGAUGCUGAUGGCACCGAGGUGGUGGUCAAAGAGGUCCUGCCAGGGGACAGUGUCCACAGUCUCCUCAGCAUUUUGGAUGUGAUCACUGGUCACACGGCACCGUACAAAACAGUUUCUGCCCGUGCAGCCGUUGCAUCCACUGUCCUCUGGCUUCCUGCGGCAGCUUUUCAAGGAGUUUUUGAGAAAUAUCCUGAAACUCUGGUGAGGGUUGUGCAGAUCAUCAUGGUACGGUUGCAGCGGGUGACUUUCCUGGCUCUGCACAACUACCUGGGGCUGACUACCGAGCUCUUCAACCCUGAGAGCCAAGCCAUCCCUCUCUUGUCAGUAGCAAGUGUGGCAGGACGAGCCAAGAGACAGAUGUCAUAUGGUCCAGAGGAGCAGCUUGAGAGGUCCCCAAGGCUGUCGGAGUUCAGCAGCUCAGAGCAUGUGGGUAGUUGCGUGGCAGUCUCUGGACCUCUGCUGAAGAGGAGCUGCUCUGUACCUCUGCCUCCCAUCCAUGGCGAGAUAGAUGAGCUCAGGCAGGCCCAAGGAAGUGGCUCUAACACUUCAGCCUUCCAAGAAAGCCAGGAAGGGGCCACCUCAGACCUGGGGAUGGCAUACAACCGUGCCAGGAUUUUGCCAUACUCAGAGGAGCAACUUGGGAGCUCUUUGGCCAGCAAGUCCAAGAAAAGCGUUGUUGCAGAGACGUCUGCCGUCUUCCACUACUCGGAGAAGCCCAGGGAUGAGCCUGGGCCUAGCGGGAGGACAGAUGUUAUCUUCAGGGCCGCCACAAAGGACCUCCUUACCCUGAUGAAGCUGGAUGACCCAUCCCUGUUGGAUGGCCGGGUGGCAUUGCUUCAUGUUCCUGCAGGCACCAUAGUGUCAAAACAGGGAGACCAGGAUGUCAACAUUUUGUUUGUGGUCUCGGGGAUGCUGCAUGUGUACCAGCAAAAGAUUGACAGCCUGGAGGACACUUGCCUGUUUCUCACCCAUCCCGGGGAGAUGGUGGGGCAACUGGCGGUGCUCACUGGAGAGCCCCUAAUGUUCACCAUCAGAGCCAACCGGGACUGCAGCUUUCUGUCCAUCUCGAAGGCCCACUUCUAUGAGAUCAUGAGGAAGCGGCCGGAUGUCGUCCUGGGCGUGGCCCACACAGUUGUGAGGAGGAUGUCGUCCUUUGUGCGGCAGAUUGACUUUGCACUGGACUGGAUGGAAGUAGAGGCUGGGCGUGCCAUAUACAGGCAAGGGGACAAGUCUGACUGCACAUACAUCGUCCUCAGCGGCAGGCUGCGGUCUGUGAUCCGAAAGGAUGAUGGGAAAAAACGCCUGGCAGGGGAGUAUGGCCGAGGAGACCUCGUUGGUGUGGUGGAGAUGCUAACCCACCAGGCCAGAGCAACCACAGUGCAUGCUGUCCGGGACUCAGAACUGGCUAAGCUGCCAGCAGGAGCUCUGACGUCUAUCAAGCGCAGGUACCCACAGGUUGUGACCCGACUGAUUCAUCUCUUGGGUGAGAAGAUCUUAGGCAGCCUCCAGCAGGGAUCUGGGACAGGUCACCAGCUUGGAUUUAACACAGCAAGCACCAAAUGGGACUUGGGAAACCCCCCUGGCAACUUGUCCACGGUGGCAGCAAUGCCUGUCUCUGAAGAUGUGCCCCUAACUGCCUUUGCCCUGGAGCUCCAGCAUGCCCUCGGUGCCAUUGGUCCUGUCCUGCUGCUGACCAGUGACAACAUCAAACAACGCCUUGGUUCUGCUGCUCUAGACAGCAUCCAUGAGUACCGGCUGUCCAGCUGGCUGGGGCAGCAGGAGGACAUCCACCGGAUUGUGCUGUAUCAAGCAGACAGCACACUCACACCCUGGACCCAGCGCUGCAUUCGUCAGGCUGACUGCAUCCUCAUCGUGGGCUUGGGCGAUCAGGAGCCCGCACUGGGUGAGCUGGAGCAGAUGUUGGAGAGCACAGCCGUGCGUGCCCAGAAGCAACUGAUCUUGCUGCACAAGGAGGAGGGCCCAGCGCCCUCCCGCACCGUAGAGUGGCUCAACAUGCGGAGUUGGUGUUCUGGCCAUUUGCACCUCUGCUGCCCGCGUCGUGUCUUCUCUAAGAGGAGCCUGCCCAAACUGGUUGAGAUGUACACACGCGUUUUCCAACGACCACCAGACCGUCAUUCCGACUUUUCCCGCCUGGCACGGAUCCUGACAGGCAAUGCCAUUGCCUUGGUGCUUGGAGGGGGUGGAGCCAGGGGGUGUGCCCAGGUAGGUAUCCUCAGGGCACUAGCAGAAUGUGGCAUCCCCGUGGACAUAAUCGGAGGGACAUCCAUUGGGGCUUUCAUGGGCGCUCUGUUUGCUGAGGAGCGAAGCUACAGCCAGAUACGGAUCCGGGCCAAGCAGUGGGCAGAGGAUAUGACAUCAAUGGUGAAGACUAUACUGGACCUGACCUACCCAAUCACAUCUAUGUUCUCUGGCACUGGCUUCAACAGCAGCAUCAGCAACAUCUUCAAAGACCGGCAGAUUGAGGACCUGUGGCUCCCCUACUUUGCCAUCACCACCGACAUCACGGCCUCUGCCAUGCGGGUUCACACAGAUGGCUCUCUGUGGAGGUAUGUCCGUGCAAGCAUGUCCUUGUCAGGCUACAUGCCCCCACUCUGCGACCCCAAGGAUGGACACCUGCUGAUGGAUGGCGGUUACAUCAACAACCUCCCAGCGGAUGUGGCAAGAUCCAUGGGGGCAAAGGUUGUGAUUGCCAUCGAUGUUGGCAGCCGGGACGAGACGGACCUCACCAACUACGGUGAUGCUUUGUCUGGAUGGUGGCUGCUUUGGAAACGCUGGAACCCCUUGGCCACAAAAGUCAAGGUGUUGAACAUGGCAGAGAUUCAGACACGACUGGCCUAUGUGUGCUGCGUCCGGCAGCUGGAGAUGGUGAAGAACAGCGACUACUGUGAGUACCUGAGGCCUCCCAUCGACAACUACCGAACCCUGGACUUCGGCAAGUUUGAUGAGAUCUGUGAAGUUGGGUAUCAACAUGGGCGGACAGUAUUUGACAUCUGGGUCCGGAGCGGGGUCCUAGAGAAGAUGUUGCAGGACCAGCAGGGGACAAGCAAGAGGAAGGACUGUGGGGUGUUCACCUGUCCCAAUUCCUCCUUCACGGACCUCGCUGAGAUUGUGUCACGGAUUGAGCCGGCCAAAGUGGCUGCAGUGGAUGAUGAGUCUGACUAUCAGACAGAGUACGAGGAGGAGCUGCCAGCCUUCCCCAAGGAAACCUAUGCUGACUUCCAGAGCACUGGGAUUGAGCUGGACUCUGACUCGGAGUGUGAACCUUCGAUGUCGCAAGGGCCCCACCGCUUGACUUCCCCAAAACAGUCCCAGGAUUCCUUCCCUUGGCUUUCUAAUCAAGAUAACCAGGGGCCAAGACUGUAUCGUCCUUCCUGACCGGAUUAACACAACACAGGACCUGGGCCUCACCUUAGACUGAGGCUGCACGCACUCGUUGGAGGCUACUUCAGUUGCCUGACAAGAUCGAACUGGGUGGUACACCCAUCUGGGUUCUUACAGGGGCAUGGGCUGUGCAUUGGAGUCAUGGGCCUCUUCUCUUCCCUGGUACCCCUUGUAUCCCCACAGCAAUACUGAAGAGCACUGAAGCCUCUGUGAGGCUUGGGAGUGUGGGAUUGAUAUAUUAAUAAACGUCAAUCUGAU